AAGGGGCCCUCCUCUUCCAAGCGACCUCCUUUUUCCAUUGAUUACUUCCAAGAGAUCUUCCACACUUUCCUCUGUUUUCUGUCAUUCCAGAGUCGCAGAGAACCCCAUCAGAACCUCCUCUCUCUCUGUCUCUCUCUCUCAAACACUCAACUCAUUCUACUCCAGGGCAAGAACCCAUCAGGGAUACAGAGCCUCUCAGGUCUCUCUCUCUUUCUCCAUGUGUCUCUGAGCAAUGGAUCACAAACACUCAGCCCUUCUUAUUACACUCUUUCUCAUAACCUAUCCCAUCAACAUCUACUGUUUCUCCCCACAUUCACCAUUGUCAUCACCAUCACCAGACAAAUCUCCAAUUAAAACACAUUCACCUUCAAAACCUUCAAGACUCUCACCAUCCCCAUCUCUCCCUUCUUCACCUUCAAACCCAUCAACAUCUCUAUCUAUUCAUUCAGAGCUUGAACCCAAACAGUCACAGGCCCUCCGUUCCUUCAACAUCUCCACUACGAAAGACCCCUGCUUUCAACCUUCCCCUCACAAUGCCACUCUCUGCAACUCAGAAAAGCCAUUCCGGCACCUCAUUUCGCUUCGCCUCCUCAACUGCUCCGACAACGUCGAAAUGUCCACCACCACCUUCAAAUCCCUCAACACAUUGCAACAUCUCGAAUUCCUCAACUGCCCCGUCUCACCCUUUCACUUCCCAGAUGAACUCAUCGCUAGUCUCCGCUCCUUCACAUGCGUCAACAGUCUCCGUCAGUUAACCGGUGUUUGGUUCAGCCGCCUGAAGAAUCUCACCGAUCUAACGGUCUCCCAAGUGAUGGUUAACACCCCCAGACCAUCGAUCAUUCUAGGGAACAUGAAGAAUCUCAGGUCAGUAACCAUCUCCAACACCAAUCUUACUGGGACUCUCCCCAAAACAUGGAAUUUGAACAUUACCCACAUUGAUUUAUCCGGAAAUCGUCUUAAAGGAAACGUACCCAAUUCGCUAACUCUUCUCUCGGAUCUUGAAUUCCUGAAUCUUUCUUCGAAUGCUCUUACGGGUGAGCUACCCUCUUCACUGGGAGACUUGAUUACACUCCGAAUUCUCUCAUUUGCAUCCAAUUCAUUGUCGGGUUCGAUACCGGAAUCAAUUUUGAAGAUCCCUGGCCUACUUCAUCUUGAUCUUAGCUCAAACCAUUUCAAUGGAACAAUACCGAAAUUUCUUACUGAGAUGAAAGAAUUGAAGUAUCUCAAUCUUGAGAACAACAACUUCCAUGGUGUGAUUCCCUUCAAUGGGUCCUUCAUAAAGAGAUUGGCGGUGUUCAUGGUAGGUGGUAACAGCAACCUCUGUUACAACCAAUCCAUUGUGCCUUCGAAGCUGAAGCUCGGGAUUGCUCCAUGUGAUAAAGAUGGGUUACCUGGGUCACCCCUGCCGGAUAGCCUAUUAGAUUUAUCUCUGUCUUCCGACGAUAGCAGCAGCGUCGAUAACAAGGUAGGGAAUGAAUCAAGCCACAAGGCCCAGACCCCGGCCGCGGCUCCGGCGCCCGUCAAGAGGGAUAGUCGGCACGAGCUAAGUAAGAUUGUUCUUGGAGUUGCUAUUGGGCUUUCAUCCAUUGUCUUUUUGAUUGUGUUCCUGGUUUUUCUCUCAAAGUGGUGUGGAUGAAAGAUCACUGACCAGAUUUUGGUUCAAAGAAAACUAAUCGUUAGCAACAGUAGACAUGGGAUCUACACGCGGCUUGCAUGUAAUGGCAUCUCCCACGCCUCAUAGGAGAAGAGAUGAAGAAAAGUGCAUUGCUAAACGUAUACAUAAGGCCUACUUGAUCAGGGAGUAGAGACUUGAAAGUGUGUCAAGAUGACAGAGAGUGCGAGAGCCACGAGAUGUGAGAGUAAAGAUUAGAGUGUGUGUCAGUACGAGUGGAGUGAGUGUUUGAGUGCCGAUGUAUACUCCUUUUUCGAUAAUUUAAUCUAGAGGUGAAGAAUGCAGUCAAGCUGUGUGGCCCCUAUGGCAAUGUAAGGGCCAAUGGGAGCACAAAUGGGCAUCUAAGGGGAAGGGUUCAUUUCAUUGUCCCGUGUGAGGGGUGUUGGGGAUGCUGCAGGCUAGCAUUCUUUUACAUAUUCAUGAUUUGGGGAAGGGUUCUUUGAGCCUAAGGCGUAUUCUACACUAAGAUACAUUGUAAUAUUUUAUUGAUUGUUUUAAAAAAGAAAAAAAUAUAAUAAAAAAAUUCUCAUGUCAUGGCGUAGUAAAAGUCUUAGGCUCAGAGAAUCUUUUUCCCUUAUUAUUAUAUAAAAGGG